GUGGUUCAGAAGCUGACCCAGAUGAUCGGGAAGAACGUGAAGCUGUACGACAUGGUGCUUCAGUUCCUCCGGACGCUCUUCCUCCGGACGCGGAACGUCCAUUAUUGCACGCUGAGGGCGGAGCUCCUCAUGUCCCUCCACGACCUGGACAUCAGCGAGAUCUGCACGGUGGACCCCUGCCACAAGUUUACGUGGUGCCUCGACGCUUGCAUUCGGGAGAAGUUUGUCGACAACAAGCGGGCGCGGGAGCUGCAGGGCUUCCUCGACGGAGUGAAAAAGGCCCAAGAGCAAGUGCUGGGGGACCUGUCGAUGAUCUUGUGCGAUCCGUUUGCCAUCAACACCUUGGUUUUGAGCACGAUCCGGCAUUUGCAGGAGCUGAUUGGUCAAGAGGUGUUACCCAGG